AUGUCUACAAAUGCAUUUCCCAGUGAUACCAUGACCAACCCAAGAGGGAAAUGCAAGGCCAUCACACUAAGAAGUGGGAAGGUGGUGAAGGAGGCAUCCUCCAGCCACAACUUACAAGAAGAAGAGGCUACAAAUGACUCAGAAAUAAAGGAGGGAGAAGAGAUGCAUAUUCCAUCUCCACCAAAGCAAGUCUUGAAGCCCUAUCUACCAAAAGUACCCUAUCCACAAAGGCUGAGAAAAGAUGGGAAAGAUAGCCAGUUUUCUAGAUUCUUAGAGGUCUUUAAGAAGCUUCAAAUUAACAUACCUUUUGCUGAGGCACUAGAGCAAAUGCCACUCUAUGCCAAGUUCCUAAAAGAGCUCAUGACUAAGAAAAGAAAUUGGGGAAAAAAGGAAACUGUGGUGCUCACGGAGGAAUAUAGCAUCAACCUUAUAUCCUUGGCCAUGAUGAAGAGAAUGAGAAUUGAAGAGGCCAAACUAACAAGAAUGGCACUUCAACUAGCUGAUAGGACAUUCAAGUUUCCCCAUAGAGUAGUAGAGGACUUUUUAGUUAAGGUGGGAGAGUUCAUCUUUCCAGCUGAUUUUGUAGUGCUUGACAUGGAAGAAGAGGCUAAUACAUCAAUCAUACUAGGGAGACCAUUCUUGGCAACAGCUGGGGCUAUAAUUGAUGUGCAAAAGGGAGAGUUAGUCUUAAGGCUGCAUGAAAAAAAGAUAGUGUUCAAUGUUUUCACUGCAAUAAGCUACCCAAAGGAGUUUAUUGGAGAAUGCAUGAUGGUAGACACAAUGGAGAAGCUGAUUCAAGGAGUCCUAGAAGAAGAUCAAUGUGAAGAUGCAAUGGAGCAAGAGCAACAAACAUCAUAUGGUGAACUGCCACAAGAAAUCAUAGAAGGCUCAAUCAUGCUAGACAAGACGAACAAAGAAAAAGUGGAAGAACCAAAGCUGGAGUUGAAAACCCUGCCCCCAAGCUUGAAGUAUGCUUACUUGGGGAGCAAUGACACAUAUCCAGUAAUCAUCAACUCAAGCUUGAAUGAAGAACAAGAAGAGGAGCUUAUCAAAGUGUUAAGGCAACACAAGGAUGCCAUUGGGUGA